AUGGUGCACCACAGCCUUCACGUUUCUCCUAAGGAGUUCAAGGAGACCCUUGACUGGGUCGCCGCCGCCAACGACGGCCUCUUCAGCCUCUACGACCUCAGCCACACCGUGGGUGACAUGUUUGACUCCCUCCCCGGUAUGAGCGUGACCAACAUCGGUGACGAGAUCGCCAACAACCUCCCUGACUUCCUCUUCUCCGUCGUGAACUUCCUCGACCACAUCAGGAACGACGCUGUCUACCGCAUGGACUACUCCAGGAACGCCAACUGGAUGAAGGACUGCGACGAGAACCCCGAGAAGUGCGCCCAGACCUUCAUUGACGCCUUCCCCAUCCUGUUCGACGGUCUGCAGGAGCUCAAGUACAAGUGCUCUGUGAGCAAGGCCAACGGUGGCUGCAGCGACGAGAGCCUCGGCGACCCCGACAGCGACCUCGCCCACGUCUUCCACAUGCUUGGUUACGACGUCAGCCGUGAGUUGGACGUCUUCAAGACCGGUGCUGAGAUUGCUGAGGAGAUGGACUUCGUUGACGAGUUCAAGCCCACCUUCCACUCCAUGACUGUCGUUAUGGACUCCCACCCCGCUUUCUUCGAGUACUAA